AUGUCAAUACCCCGAGACUUUAUGGUUGGCAAAAGAAUCACUUUUUUGGACCGACCUUCGCCGAAGAAGCGCAAGCUAAUGCACACCCCAGAUGGAUUUGAGAACUCCAAGUGUGCUGCCGGGAAGGCCCCUGCACGCAAGUUCGCGUCCGCGUUUGACGACCCUAAGCGCUCCAAAGCAAGCACUACGAAGGUUCUUGUGCGUCCUGUGCGACCACCACCAGUCGCCGGGCCCUCCAAAGAGGCGUCAGCCUCGUCCGGUGCCCGCGCUUCAAGGAUACCGGCUGCCCCAAAGCCUGUUGCAGAAUCAAGCUCGCGACCCGCGAUAGUGCAGAGCCGACAUGCGUCCAUCCUCGCAGCCCACAGAAAUUCUUCUCCCGCCCCGCCCAAACCCCCACCUAAGCCAAUCUCGAAGGGCAGCAUACAGCAGUUUCAACCAGUCCUCCCGCCUCCUGCGCCACCCAAGGAUCCCCCUCGAAAUCUCCGCCCCAUGCAGCCACCUCCGCAGCCCACCGGAGGGCGCCCUAAAUUGGAUCCGACCAAGAUGAAGACCAUCCUGACCACGAGGGUUGCCGUAGCCAUGGACCCGCGGACGGAGAGCGGCACGGACGAACUGCUCGGCAUAUAUCUGGAGCAGAACACGGGCACCCACGUCCCUCCGGCGGAGCGCGAGCUGCAGCGCGGCCUCAAGCAAAGCCCCGAGAAGGCAUCGAAGUCGAAGAGCGCAAAGUUCACCAGGGGUGGACUGGCAGAGCGCGCGCAACGCAUCUUCGCGAAGCACAACACGACUCUCGGGCUAUGGUACAAGGACAUGGAGCUCCAGACGCAACGCCCGCAGGCGCACCCGCGGAUCGCUCCAGACCUCUGUCUGCGGAUCAUUGAGGUCCUCCAUGUAUCUUCCGUCGCAAGCCUGCAGUGCUCGCAGAGCGUACCGCGCCUCUGUGUGGCGCGGUGUCUCAAGAUAUCUCCCGGCGGUCUCGGGGAACCCGAGGAGGUCGCGGCGGUGCUGGACUUUGGGAACCCGGGCUCGGCGGCGGCGCGGGCGCACACGCUGGACGAUGUUAAGAUGGACAGGACACUGCAUAUAUGGCGCCCCUGGAACACGGCGAAGGUUCAGGACUCACCAAAUGAUAUCGACACAUCGCUCUUCCGUCUUCCGGCACACUGUAGCAUAUUGUUCUGCACCCGCUUUCGCAUCGUUAGUUAAGAUCUUACGCUAUUAUAUCAAGUAUUGCGCUGCACGAAUUCGGAACCAACGUGCCAGUCAAGGUAUGUAUACUGCUCACGCGUUAAGCUUGUAGCCGGCUUAUUUGAACGCUCUGGUCGCACGCCGCUGCCCGGAGACAUGCCCGAGUCGAUG